AUGUGGAUUAGUAAAAAGUGGAAAGAAGGUUUUCAUGUAACAUCUAUGGGCACUGCUGGGAGUCGUUGGGGUGUUGUCAUGUCGAGGAAUGCAGGAUACUCCUACCAGGUUGUUGAGUUAGAUUUCCUGUAUCCAAGUGAAGGACUCCAUCGGCAGUAUGACGCCGGUUACAGAAUAACCUCAUGUGCAGCAACGCCUGACCAGGCCGCUUUUAUCAUGAGCAGGGCCAAGAAGCCCAAGAAGAAACCGAUGGACGAAACACUUCUAACUUCUGCUUUCCCUUGCAAGGCUAUAAAGGAGCAAUGGGCAAAGAACAUCUACGUCGCCUCGAUCUGCCACGGGCGAACUGCGUGUUGA